UUUGGAUAUAAAUCAAGAUUUACUAAUCCUACAUAUCCAGUGUACUAACAUCCUUACCCUAUCUCGGGAGGCAGAGAGAUUGUUUUCGAAAUUAAAAUAUCUAGAAAUAUGAGUAUGAUUGUAGAUUUGAAAGAAGAAGGUGAUGAUGAUCUGUUAGUACAGCUACCACCAACAAACUUCUCUGCAGUGGAAAAUAACUACAUAUAUAGAUCUGGAUUCCCUCAUCCUUCUAAUUUCACUUUUCUCCGGUCACUCAGUCUUCGUUCGAAUCAUAUACUUAUGCACAACACCUCACCACCCAUAAGAAAACAUCGAAUUAACAACAUAAAGCUUUACCAAUUCAGUAUCGAUGGAACAAAGGAUGCAUCAACUAUGUCAAGCAGAAGUGAAAUUAUAAUGGAUGGUUUGAGAGUGAUAACUGAUGAGAGAAAUCACCCGGUUUUAGUACAUUGCAAGAGAGGGAAACAUCGAACUGGUUGUGUCGUUGGAUGCUUGAGGAGGAAAUUGCAGAACUGGUGUUUGGAUGUUGUGGUUGAAGAAGAGUUCAAGCCAAAAUGGAGAGAAACUGACUUGAAAAUUUUGGAGAGUUUUGAUGUUCAAAUAUUGUUUGAGUAUUUCAAAUACUUGUUGUAAUGUCAAAAUAUUGUUUU